AGCUUCGUUUCUCAGAAUUCACAAGUAACCGCACGCUGUUCGGCGGCACCUGGACGAUUUAGCGGAUUUCGUUUGCGGAAAAGCGCUGAAAGGGAGAUUUUACCAAAGUUAGUCAUUUCCUUUACUAAAUCCGAAGGCUUGGCCUCAGGUGAUUAGAUGUAGAUAUUGGCAGAUGCAAUCAUAUUAGAGCAAUUUUCACUCCUGAGGGGCGGUUUCGAAUUAGAUUUGCCGCAAAACGUCACAGCAUGUCGAAGAUGUUGUUCCAGGUGAUUUUUGGGUGCGUAACAGGGAUUUGGGCCUGCUGCGCGCAGGAAUGUGGCCGUCCGCCGUUAAAGCAGGACAGGAUUGUGGGAGGGGUGGCCGCCUCGGAUGGGUCGUGGCCGUGGCAGGUCGACAUCCAGAAAUCAGGCUCUCAUGUCUGUGGAGGCUCCCUCAUCACUAAUAACUGGGUCCUGUCUGCUGCACAUUGUUUUCCCAAUCCAUCUGACACUUCCCCUUACACCAUCUAUCUGGGCCGGUACCAGCUGAACGGAAUCAACUCUAACAUGGUGACAAGUUCUGUGCGCCAAAUAUCGAUCCCAUCUGACUAUGUAGAUCCUCAAACUGGGAAUGAUGUGGCUCUGGUGCAGCUGUCUGCACCAGUGACCUGGUCAGACUAUAUCCUUCCUGUGUGUUUGCCUGCAUCAAGCACGCUGUUCCCAGCUGACCUGGUGUGCUACGUCACUGGCUGGGGGAACGUACGGCAAGAUGUGCCUCUGUCCGGAGUAGGGACUCUGCAGGAAGUACAGGUGCCAAUCAUCGACCAGACAUCAUGUCAGGACAUGUAUCUAAUGGACCCGGCAGACCAGGUGGACAUCCUGUCUGACAUGAUCUGUGCUGGAUACCAGAAGGGUGGCAAAGACUCUUGCCAGGGGGACUCGGGUGGACCCCUCGUCUGUCAGAUGCUCAACGGGACCUGGGUGCAGGCCGGGGUGGUGAGCUUUGGACUGGGCUGUGCAAGCCCCAACAAGCCAGGUGUGUACAGCAGGCUGACCAGCUACUCGGACUUCAUCAGCUCCAUUGUACCAGAGCUCCAGCUGUAUGGACGGGCUCAUCAGAACUGGUGUGGGAGUGUUGUCGUGCUCAGCUGUCUGGUUCUUCUGCUGCUUCACAGAUGAGAUGCUUUAAAUGGAGCAAGGACAGAGCUUCUCCAUCGGGCCUGUGCUCGUAGUCAACGGGUUGACGUUGUUCUGACCUCUAACGUUCCCGUUCAUCUCUCGGGUGUUCACCGUCGAGGCUUUCAACAAAAAACUCUCGAGGGGUUGCAGCUGAGGUUUGGGGUGGUGUUGGGUCUGACCAUGAGGCUGGAGGAAGCUCGGUGGUGGCUGCGAUGUUCUGUUGGGUUGCUGAGAAGGCCUGGUCUCCAGCUGCUGCCCGCUCCAACUCCCCACUCCACAGCCGAAUCCACCCGGAAUGCUGCUGUCAGCGCAAGCAGCGACGACAUCUGCUGGAGACUUGGAGAAAGGCAGCUGCUGCGUGUUGGGAGGAGGAAACAGCCCCGGCUGGUUUCUUUUCAUCUGAGGGACCAAAGGACGUUUUCGCCGACACAUCUGUGUGAGUUACAGUCCUUACCCUUUGGUCCCUCGUUACUAGCAUUAUGGGAUUUGUCGCUGCAGCUGUCCAUCAUCUUCGUCCAGCGCUGCAGCAGGCUUUUGUCGUUGUCGCUCAGCAGAACACCACCCAGCAAAUCCCCUUGCCGCCGCAACUCAGGAGUAGAAGACGAGAUGCCUCCUGAUAUGCCCGCGUCAGUGCCCAGAACUGAGACUGAGACACCUCCAUCUGCAAAACACAAUCAGAAUCAAAUCGAGAAAGGGAAGCAUACCAGAGAGGAUGGUAGAAAAAUGAACUUACCGGUCCUGACUUUAUGUCUGAGAGCUGAUUUCAGUAGGGCUGCCUUGAGUGCAGCUUUAGUAUCGUCUGAAAUGGCGGUGCCUUUCCUGGUUCCCUCUGGUGCACGCGGAGGAGGCCUUGCAUUCUUGGACAGAGACUGGGAAAGUGACUGGGACAGAGACUGGGCCUGCGCUGCCGACAGAGAAAGUGAAGGCACAGUGGUGGGAAGGGGGGUGAUGGUCUGUGCUUGUGUCGCAGGGAUGGAGGCCACGGGCCGGCUCUGGCUGACCACUGUCAGAGUUGGCACUGGGCAUGUCCACAUCAACGGGACACGCUUGGCUUUUACUGAGGAGGGGGAAAUUAUGGGUCACAUGAGCUGCCGCUCCACUAUGGGCCCUAGGCAAAGGCCUGAACUGGAGUCUUUGACGACAGUUCAGGUUCUUUUUAUGAAAGUCCUGGAUCUCCAUCAAAAUGGCCUCUUUAAUUUGUUCUUUAUUCAUUGGAAGCUUAUCAAACUCAAAGUCAAAAGCUGGCACACAGCUGGGCUCGUCGUCCGAGUCAUGGUACUUAGCCAGCGCAACAUAGCCGCCAAUAGGCCUAAAGCCUCCGGUUCAGCUUGGGGGUACAGUUUAGCCAAAGGCACAGGGGUUGGAGGGUUUGAGGUCGCGGUGGAUGACAUUGGCAGAGUGCACGUAUUUGAGGCCACGGAGGAGCUGGUACAGGAAGUAACGCGUGUGCUCAGGGCAUUUGUUACCACUUCAAAAGCAUUGGAGAUCUUCUUUAUCGCCACCUGCUUGCCUGUGGAGUGCACAUCACCAGUACCAAUGGUUUCUAUGAUAUCGUACUCCUCCCCAACAUCGAACUUCACAUCUAGAGAGUGCGCUUUAAGCAAAGCCAGGUUUGUUGCUGCUGUGCUGGUGUCUGAGGUGCUGCCUGCUGCCUCGGCCUCACGCUGGCGACAUGGUGCUUUUGGCAUCUCCACAGCGCUCAGCGGACAUGUUUCUGUAGUACCAAACGGUCAGUUCUUCAGUUCGACACAAAUAAUAGUUCCAAGUCUCCCUUAUGGCUGCGCGUCAGGGUUUACCGAGAUGGGAGAGAAAAGCGAGAGUGUUUUUGUGUUUGUUCGAGAGAGAGACCCAGACUACAGAGCUAUGUGUGACCUGGGGGAAUCCGUGAGCUGCUCCAAGGUUUUCACCUCCAGAAAAGCUCAGAGUCCCUCUGCUAGACAUGCCAAAGCCUUUGCUAAACAAUGGGGACGUGGUUUUGGUCUGGUCCAGUUCUUCGUGGACAAAGACAGCCCCCUGAACCAACCCAACAGUUUGCUUGGCAUCAUAUUUUACACUCUACAGAUGGGCCUCGGACUGUCUCCGUCCAGAAAAGCAGCCCUGGCCUUGGUCCUGUCCUCCUGGGUGUCCAUGGCUGGUUCUCUUUAUCUCGCAUCUAUUCUGGCCUUUGUUCUGGGAGAUUUCUGCAUGAGACAUUUAGAAGAUUCGGACAAUCAAAGACAGAAAAAGAGAAACCCAUUUCUUUCAGAAGUGCUUCAGGAGUGGAAGGUUAUCCGCCACGUCCUAAACCAAAGCUCUAAACGUCUGCAGGAACGAUCCACUAUCGACUUGUCAGGACAUCUGGAAGCACGACACUCACUGGAAGGAGUUGGAGUUCCUGGUGUUAUUGGAGAAGCUGAUGGAGUAGGACAGAUGAAUGUGUCGUCAGGAUCUUCUCCACUGGAGGUGAAUUGGACAAAACCAGGUUUAUCAGACUUGAUUUUAGAGCUGAUCCAGGACUGUUGGCAGUGCUCAUGCACCUGGUACCGGUCUGUUGGGUUCAAGGUUUGUAAUCUCGUAGAAUGCCCCUUCCUGUUCCCACUUCAGGCUCUCCUCUUGUGUCCUAGUCACUCCCUGAUUUUCCUAGUUGUCUUUAGAUUAGUCCUCCUCACCCAUCUGAAAGCAAAUGGAGGGGAUAGAGAGGUACUAGUGGUGCAUUUGAUCCUUUCAUUAGAAUUUUUCAACUCGAAAGUUGGUAUUUCCGAGUUCCGAGGACAAAUCGAACGCAUCACAGUUAGUUCAUCAGAGCUGCACCUGUGUAGUGUGUUUCAAUGGGCGGAGCAGCCAGGGGAGCAGGUGACUGAUAAAAAAGUUUAUAAAGCUAGAAAAACACAGAGAUUCAGUAGUUCCAUGAUGGCUUUGAGGAAACUGAUCCAGUCGCUGGCUCUUGCAUUGAUUCUCCCUGCAGAAUCACACGCACAACUUGAUGUUUGUGGCAUCGCUCCUCUCAACCCCAAGAUAGUCGGAGGUGGAGAUGCUGCUCCUGGAAGUUGGCCCUGGCAGGUGGAGCUGCUGAAAUUUGGCAGCUUUUAUUGUGGCGGCUCCCUUAUCAGUAGAGAGUGGGUGCUGACUGCUGCUCACUGCGUCUCUGGAACAAAUAUUUUCAUGUGGCAAGUAUUUCUUGGCCGUCAGUACCUGAAAGGCAACAACCCAAAUGAAGAGUCUAGAGGAGUUUCUAAAAUCAUUUCACACCCCAAGUAUAACAGCAACACUUAUGACAAUGACAUGGCCCUGCUCCGACUCUCCGCUCCUGUAAAGUUCACACACUACAUCAGACCGGUGUGUCUGGCAGCGAGUGACAGCGAGUUCAACAACGGUACUGAGAGCUGGGUCACAGGCUGGUGGACCGUGGGGGAGGGAGAAUUCUUACCUUCCCCUGAAACUCUUCAAGAAGUAAAAGUUCCAGUGGUUGGGAACAGACAAUGUGACUGUCUGUACGGAGAUACUGUGAUCACAGACAACAUGAUCUGUGCUGGACUUCUAUCAGGAGGAAAAGACUCGUGUCAGGGAGACUCUGGAGGUCCAAUGAUGAGCAAGCAGGGCUCGGUCUGGGUUCAGUCUGGAAUUGUUAGUUUUGGUCGUGGCUGUGCUCGUCCCAGCCUGCCAGGAGUCUACACCAGAGUGUCUCGCUACCAGCCCUGGAUCAGCUCUAAAAUCAGGUCUGAUAAACCUGGUUUUGUCCAGUUCACCUCUGGUGGAGAAAAUCCUGACAACACAUUCAUCUGUCCUGGUCCAUCAGCAUCUUCAGCAAGAACAGAAGCUGUUCCUUCAAAGUCUGUUUGCAGCAGUGCCUUCAUAAAAUCUUCUCUAGUAAACCACAGCAGAACUGUCAGAGGAACAAUUCCAUGGAUGGUUAGUCUCCACAGAAAUGGGCUCCAUGCUUGUGGAGGGACCUUAAUCACUUACCAGUUUGUGCUUACAUCAGCUAAAUGCUUCUCUGUUUCCAAUCCUGAUGUUCAAGACUGGACUGUGUUUCUGGGACAGCCCUCCGUGAAUGGCUCUGAGGAAUGUGAGGUAUCUGUUGGUGUUGUGAACAUCACAUUUAGCAGCACGACGGGCUCCAAUAUUGCUCUGCUGCAGCUGGCGGAGCAAGUGAGCUACAGCAGAAACGUCCAGCCUGUAUGUGUGCAGGUACACAAUGUUCCUGUUAGUGGGCAGUGUUGGGUGGCUGGCUGGAGGAACCGAGCAAAGUCUACUGGUAUUAAAGCUGGAUUAGAGCUUCAACACCUAGAAGCUCAGGUGGUAAAAUGUGUAAAUGUUUCUGAUUUGGACAACAUUUGCACUUCUUCUAUGGACCUUCAACUGGUGGAUCAAGGUGCAGCUCUCUUAUGCAAGUCAGGCUCAUCGUGGUCCCAGGUGGCUGUUGUUACAAUGAGUGAAGGUGGAUUGGUCCCUGCAGGUGUUCAGACUUUUACAAAAAUAUCAAGGUUUAGAUUAUUUUUAGGGGAGAUAGAGGGCAGCCUGCCUCCACCUGAAGGACGGCUGACAGGAUCAGGUUUCUGUGUUUCAUCAUUCCUGUCCAUGACUGUCCCCGUUGCCUCACUGCUCCUGUUGUUGUAGGCAGGGGUGAGGUGAUGCUCACUCCUCACCCCUGCCAAGUGGACCUCAAGGGAUAAACCAUCAAUCCUGCUCAAUGGUCAACUUUCCUGGCGGGGUCACCCAUGAAGACAGUGGGAGGGUUAAAUAGACACAGGCUGAGCACUAGAACCAAGCCGAAACAGCCGCUUGUGUUGAAGCCUGUUUUCCACUAGAACCGUUCAUAAGCUCUAUUGGCUUUGCUGAUAUUUGCUAACAUGUGAUUGGCUGUUCCUGCCACCUGUGUACUUGCUGCAUUCCUGAAAUUGCAUGAAAGAGUCUCUAGGCUGUGUCAGGUGCUUCCCCAGUUUAUUUGUUGUACCUGUCCCUGAUUUGUAUCAGCACACCUGUCCCUGUUGCUUCUUACAAGCUCUUCUGAAUCGCCGUUCUGGUGUGUUUUUGUUACUCUUGUCCUGUCUAGUUAGCUUGUUCACUUUGUGUCACACUGCUUUAAAUAAAACAGUAGUUUGACUAACCUCA